AGUUCUGUGGUCACGGCCCCCCAGGCUACAGACCCCGCCCGGAUGGGGCCCCUACGCCGCCUCCUGACUGCGGCACUACUUCUGGCUCAGGCUGCGCCUCAGGAGGCCUCCCAGCACUGCGGGCGCCUAGAGUACUGGAACCCUGAUAACCGGUGCUGCAGCAGCUGCCUGCAGCGCUUUGGGCCGCCCCCCUGCCCGGACUACGAGUUUUCGGAAAACUGCGGAUUCAAUGAUUUUGCCGACCACGUGACAUACCCCUUCAAAGAGUGUCCCUUUGGGCAGUGCAACCCCGACAAUGCGGAGCUAUGUAGCCCUUGUGGCGCCGGAGCCACGGCCCCCGCUCCCGCAGGGAGCAGGAGCGGAACCCAGCGUCGCUGCAGAGAGAAGCCGGUCCCUCCCAAGGAGCCCUGUCCUCUCAAGUCUGGGAAACCCAGAGUCUAUAGCUCCCAGGAGCCCAGCCCAUCAGCGAUUUCCAGUGUCUCCUGGACACCUGAGCGCAACGUCACUCAGCAGGCCUUGCCGAAUUUCGCCCUGCCAGUGGUGCUGGUUCUCAUGGUGCUGGUUCUGCUGGUGACCUCAGCAGUGAUCCUUCUGCUUGCCCAGCGGUGUCACCGCCGGGCAAAAGUCCUCCAUCCCUACCCCGGCUUGGUUUGUGGCGACACCAAUAUCCAUACGGUCUUCUCCUUGCCCUCGUCCUCUCCAGGCUCCCUGGAGGCAUCAGACGCAGGGGAUAAGGUCUCUCUGGUUCCACUCCUGGGCAGAGAACUGCCGAGUCUGGCAUCACAGCCCCUGUCUCGCCUCCUCGAUGAGCUGGAGGUGCUGGAGGAGCUGAUAGUGCUGCUGGAUCCUGAACCUGGGCCAGGUGGGGGGAUGGCACGCGGCACCACGAGACACCUGGCGGCAAGGUACGGAGUGCCCGCUGCCUGGUCCACCUUUGCCUACUCACUGCGACCCAGUCGCUCGCCACUGCGGGCUCUGAUCGAGAUGGUGGUGGCAAGGGAGCCCUCUGCUUCUCUGGGGCAGUUUGGCACACACCUGGCCCAGCUGGGGCGGGCAGAUGCACUGCAGGUGCUGUCCAAACUUGGCUGA